AAGAUGGCAGCGCCCAUGAAUGCGCGUUGUUUACACGUUGUUUCAAAGUGUGCCGGUGUCGACGCUUAAUUUCUUCGCUUCUAGCUCGAUCUAUCUACCGUUAAAAGUCGCAAACGCGUAUAUGUUAUAGAAGAAAUCGCGGAGAAGCAUGAGCGAGCCGCCGUUGAAGCGCAAGCGGCAUUCUUUCGGCGGAGACCAGCGGCUCUUGCCUCGCGUCCGACAAGUUCUGAGCGAGAACGACGAUCUGGAUGCGGAGGGCAUCGUAGCCAGGCUACAACGACGGCAUCCCGAAUACAGGCGCAAGAAGAGGAACGCCCUACUGUACUCUGUGACGAACGCGCUGGAAAUAAUCGUACAGGAGGACCCGCGACCGGCUACGGAUACGGUGGGUGAAGAAGACCUCGACGGCAGUAGCGUCACCGACGAAGACGUGGUACCGUAUCCCGACCAGAACACGAUGAACAAGUCCAUCAACGACCUGUACAAGACGCCCGACUCCAAGCCGGAGGUGCCCAAGGACAAGGGUUCCGAGAAAGCGCGCAAGACGCCCAAGAAGUCCAAGUCUAACGACGUGGACUCCGCCAUCCAAGAGAACCUCAAGAAGCGCAUGGCCAAGGAGAAAGAGAUCGCGCUUAUCAAUCCGACGGCUCGGUUCGCGGACCUGGGAGGGAUGGAAGGCCCUCUGGAAGAAGUCUGCAACAUGCUGAUGCACUUGAAGCACCCGGAGGUCUACAAGAAGUUGGGGGUGGUGCCGCCUCGAGGGUUCUUGUUACACGGACCUCCCGGUUGCGGGAAAACCCUUCUGGCGCACGCCAUAGCAGGCGAGUUGGAACUACCCAUGAUACGAGUCGCGGCGCCCGAGAUCGUAGCCGGUGUCUCGGGAGAGUCCGAGGAACGCAUACGCGAGCUGUUCGACAGGGCCGUCAACAGCGCCCCGUGCAUCUUCUUCAUCGACGAGAUAGACGCUGUCACGCCCAAACGCGAGACGGCGCAACGCGAGAUGGAACGGCGAAUCGUCGCCCAGCUCCUCUCCAGUCUCGACGACCUGUCGCAGCGCGAACUGCCCGCAGAGGUUCUCGUCAUCGGAGCCACGAACCGACCCGAUGCCCUUGACCCCGCCCUCAGGAGAGCCGGGCGGUUCGACCGGGAGAUAUGCCUCGGAAUUCCGGACGAAGCCGCUCGCGAAAGGAUCCUCGCCGUCCUGUGCCGAAAGCUGACGCUCGGACCGGAAGUCAAGCUGAGCGUCGUCGCCCACAGGACCCCCGGCUACGUCGGUGCCGACCUGAUGGCGCUGACCCGGGAGGCCACCAUGUCCGCCAUAAACCGAAUCUUUCGCGGAAUCGAAGAGAGCGUCAAGGCGACCGGGGAAGGGCCGCGGAAUCGCCUCGACGUCGCCGUCUCCCUGCUCAAAGAAGUCCCUCCUCUGGACGACGAGCAGCUCAAAAACCUCUGCGUGGACGUCGGGGACUUCGAGAGCGCCCUGAAGCUGGUCCAGCCGUCGGCCAAGCGCGAGGGCUUCGCCACCGUACCGGACGUCACGUGGGACGACGUGGGCGCCCUCACUUCGAUCCGGGAAGCGCUUCAGGUCGCCAUCUUGGCUCCCGUGCGACAUCGGGACAAGUACGAGUCCCUGGGUCUCGUCACGCCGACGGGAAUCUUGCUGCACGGACCUCCCGGUUGCGGGAAGACCCUCCUUGCGAAGGCCAUCGCCAACGAGUCCGGCAUCAACUUCAUUUCCGUCAAGGGACCCGAGUUGCUCAACAUGUACGUGGGCGAGAGCGAGCGGGCCGUGAGACAGUGUUUCCAGAGGGCUCGCAACUCGGCUCCCUGCGUCAUCUUCUUCGACGAACUGGACGCCCUGUGUCCUAGACGUUCGGACUCGGCGGACGGCGGCUCGGCAGUCAGAGUGGUGAACCAACUCUUGACCGAGAUGGAUGGCCUGGAACCUAGGAAGCAGGUGUUCGUGUUGGCAGCUACCAACAGGCCUGACAUCAUCGAUCCUGCCAUGUUACGUCCGGGUCGCUUGGACGAAGUGCUCUACGUCGGUCUUCCCAGUUCAGAAGAGCGCGUCGAGAUUCUGAAAACGCUGACGAGAAACGGAACGAGACCGCUUCUGGAGGAGACCGUGUCUCUGGAGGACAUCGGCAAGGACCAGAGGUGCGAGGGAUUUUCGGGUGCGGACUUGGCAGCGCUCGUGCGACAGGCGUCGGUGAUCGCACUGACCAAGUACCUCAAGGACGGAGCCGAGGGGAGAAUCCUGGUUGGCAGUGAACACUUCGACGCGGCUUUCGGAAAGGUGUCGGCUUCGAACAAGGGCCGUCGGACUUUUAAGAAAGUGGAAAAGGUUAAUGUGGCGCCUGAGAGUGUUGAAUAAGUAACAGAACUUCCAUAUUUUAUUUUUCAUUUCUUUCUAACUUCUUUUCUUUUAAUUUUCUCACGUGACCUAAGUCACCACUGCUUCCUUGCUCAUUGGUCGAUUAUGCUGCUGCUUAUGGGAAGCUUACCAUAAUUUCCUGUUUCUUUUCUUCCUUUGAAUAAAUAAAAGUUGUACAUAUACAU